GGAAGGCACCACCUUGAAAGUGAACCUUAUAUAAUGGAUGUUAUUCAACCUGUGACUCCAUAAUAGAGUCAUCUUCACAACAGAAGCAACAACAGCAUUUAAAAUGAAUUUCUUCUUGUGCAUGGCAUUGGGACUUCUGAGUAUGGCCACCCUGUGCCAUGGAGGCUGUUAUAGGAUUCCACGUGAUCCUCAUGUGGCAGGCUGCAGAGACACUGAAGGUGUGAUUCACCAUCAAGGUUCGAAAUGGAAUGACAAACACUGCCUUAGAUGUGUCUGCCAGACGAGUGGGACAGAAUGUUGUUAUCAAAUUCCAAGGUUUCAUGGAAUGCUGGAAUCCUGUAAGGUGGUGGUGAACAAGGAUUGCACCUACAGGCUGGUGAAUAACAAUGGCCCAGACAACCUGUGCAUCCCUAAAGGGGGUGUUUUGUAAGAUGCUACUCCCUUCACUUCCUCUUCCUAUCAUUGCUUAUGCAGGAGUUGCAGCAGUGAAAUGAUGGCUUACUUUAGAAAUACAAAGCAUCUCAAAGAGCAAUGCGACGAUACCGUCUGCCAGAUGUGACUGGAAUAAAGCUUACUAGACUGC